AUGCCUGUGCUGGGCUACGAUAUGACCUCACAGGAGUUUUGUCCCAUGUAUACGGCACCAGAAUAUAUGGUGCCACCUCAUGUGUGGGAGAAGCACCCUGAGAGCCCUUAUAACUACGGGUCAGUGUUGCGCAGCCCGCAGGAUACUCGGAUAAACAUUACUAGUGUACCAUACAACGCUGAAGAUAGUGACAUGCAAUUGGAGACGAGUAGCAGCGAGGCGUCAGCGGCGAGCUCCGUGGCGUUGUCACAGCAUUGCGCCAUUUGCGGCGACAGGGCCACCGGCAAGCAUUACGGAGCGUCAUCCUGUGACGGCUGUAAGGGAUUCUUCAGAAGAAGCGUUAGAAAGAAUCACCAAUACACAUGCAGAUUCAGCAGAAAUUGUGUAGUGGAUAAAGACAAAAGAAACCAAUGCCGAUAUUGUAGGCUAAGGAAAUGCUUCAAAGCUGGUAUGAUGAAGAAAGCUGUACAGAAUGAGAGAGAUCGGAUCAAUUGUCGAAGGCCGUCGUACGAGGAGCCAGCUCAGGCUAAUGGACUGUCAGUAGUGUCACUACUAAAUGCUGAAUUGUUAAGCAGGAAAGUUAUCGAUGAGACAAACAAUGUAACAGAUGCAGAAAUUAACAAUCGCAAGCUAGCUAAGAUCAACGAUGUGUGUGACUCGAUCAAACAGCAGCUACUUAUACUGGUCGAGUGGGCUAAGUACAUCCCAGCGUUCACUGAGUUGCAAUUGGAUGACCAGGUGGCGCUGCUGCGCGCGCACGCGGGCGAGCACCUGCUGCUGGGCUGCGCGCGCCGCUCGCUGCACCUCAGCGACGUGCUGCUGCUCGGGAACAACUGCAUCAUCACCAAGCACAACAUCGACGGUCGCAUGGAUAUAGACAUCAGCAUGAUCGGCAUGCGGGUGAUGGACGAGAUCGUGAAGCCUCUGCGAGAAAUCGACAUCGAUGACACCGAGUUUGCGUGUCUCAAGGCCAUCGUCUUCUUUGAUCCCAACGCGAAGGGACUGUCGCAGCCCCAGAAGAUCAAGCAACUGCGCUACCAGAUCCAGAUCAACUUGGAGGACUAUAUAUCGGACCGGCAGUACGACGGGCGCGGGCGCUUCGGCGAGUUGCUGCUGUGCCUGCCUCCGCUGCAGAGCAUCACGUGGCAGAUGAUCGAGCAGAUACAGUUCGCUAAGCUGUUCGGCGUCGCUCACGUCGACAGUCUGCUGCAGGAGAUGUUACUCGGAGGGGCAUCAACAGAAGCUGCCAUUGAAGAGUCUCCGGCGUGUGUAAGCGGCGCGGCCUCACCCCCCGGCGCGCUGCAGGCUGCACCCCCCGCGCACCUCUCACCCGCCUCCCCCCUCGGGGGACCACUACCGAUGCACGAGCCUUUCCUCGAGCCUAUGCCAUUCAAGCAGGAGCCCAACAUGAGCCCUGAAUACGAGACACGAAUGAAGACUGCCGACAUUACAAUGUUAUAG